UAAGGUGGAAUUUUCUUAGUAUUAACAAUUUUUGGUUCAUUAGAAUAUAUGAACUGCAGCAUGUAUUUAAGACAAGUAGGAACAUUAUCAACUUAUUGUUUUUUAAUGUGUUACGUACCAAUGGUGAUAAACGCCCUCGUUGAGUAUCAAUUUAUUACCCUUAUAAGCAUAACUAAAGAGCGAUUUUCAUUGUUAAAUAAAGAACUUGGAAAAAUAGGCACUAACACUAUUAAUAAAUGGAAAAAUACCAAUCAAAUUCAUCCAAUUACUAAAAUAGUCAAUCACACAUCGACUAACAUUAAAAAUAUAAGACGAACUCACGCACUUUUAUGCAACGCCGGGUAUGAAAUUAACAAAGCUUAUUCUUUACAAAUUUUAUUAAACACGGCUCAUAUUUUUAUUAAUUUUACCACGCUGGGGUAUUAUUGCUUUGAUGGUGCGAUGAGAUUAUAUCUUCAAGAAGAAGAUAGUAAUAUGUAUAAUACUGUCACAACUGGCAUUUGGACUUUAUGUAAAAUUUUACAACUUUUAAAUAUCACUUUAACUUGUUCUAUGAUUAAAAAAGAAGUUGCGUUAUCUGGUGAAGUCGUAUUUAAAAUAAAUGAUCGUUUUAAAACAGAUAUUGCUUUCGAGAUAAACGCCUUAGUGAAACAAAUAUUUCAUUGGAACUUUAAAUUAACAGCUUUCCAUCUUUUUGAUUUAGAUAUGGAACUUUUUUAUUGCGCCAUCUCCGCAUCGACGACGUAUUUAAUGAUUCUUUUGCAAUUAGAUAUUGCGAAUAAACAAUCAGAUCAAAUAGAAAAGAUUGAUGGUAAUUUCACGAAUACCAUUUACUAAAUAAUUAAUAAAUGUAACAAAAUUUUUUAUUGGAGAUUUAUUGAUAAAAUGAAUAAGCAGUAAGUAAACAUUUGAUGCUUAAGUAUUUACAGCUCAAAUAUUGGUAAAUUACUAAAUCGAUGUCCUUUCUGCGGUUUCAGUUUCAACAUAAACUGAUUAUAAAAAAUGUUUAGAUUUCAAAGUAGGUCUUAUACAAUUAAAAUUUUAAUUCUUUGUUUAAAUAUAUUAUU